CUCCUGACCUCAGGUGAUCCACCCGCCUCCACCUCCCAAAGGGCUGGGAUUACAGGCGUGAGCCAUCGCGCCAGGCCAAGUUCUGGAAAACUUUUAGUAAGGCUGAAGGCUUAGGCAUGUUUUGACCAUUUGUAACUGAUAAUGAGACUCAUCACAAGGUACCCACAAAAUUCACUGCCAGUCACCCUGCUACGUCAAAGCCUCUCCUACUUCAGCGCCUACCUAGGCAUAAUUUUAACUGACAUUUUAGCAAUAAAACUUUUAUUUGAAAAUAUCCUUGAGCCACAAAUCUCUCUGGAUUUAGAUUUCAAGCAGUAGGAAAUAAGAUGGUUUAACCUGCAAUUCAAUAAAAGAACUUCACAUCAAACUUCAAUCUUUAAGAAGCUGCUACAGCUAUAAUGUAAGGUUAAGAGUUUAUUCUUUCAAAGCAGGUCUCCUCAUCUCUUAAACGCUACACAUAUGAAGUAGAUAAAAACUCCAAUUUCUAUUUUGGUAGCAUUUAGGAUCUACAAAAGUGAUCCUUCAAUUACUUGGAAUUUCAAAAAAUAGAGGUUACCUAGUAACAAUACACCACUAGAACACAAAAUACUCUGAUUUUGUUUAGUCCGUGGGAAGAGAAAAAUCUUUAAACUGGAAAGAUUUUGUAGCCUUACAAAGAUUACAAUGGAAUUGGAAUUACUGUAGUUGUUUUUCCCUCUAGGAGGGCAGCCAUUUCUCUAAAAGUUUUGUUAAAGUUAAGACUCGGAUUUCAAAAUGCAAGCAGAUGUUGAUGAAGCAUACGAAAUGGGCAACUCGAUUUCUAUUUCGGAGCCGCAGCGACUCCGACUUUGUGCCCCAACCCUGUAAAGGGCAAAACCUCAUCCCUUCGGUGUAAACUUUCAAGAGAAGUGGGGCAGCACACUUUAGGCCUUUCACCAAAAGGCUGGCGACAUGCUAGGUCAGGUUGUCCGGAGAAUCGGGGCUGAAUGGGAGAGAUCUUGAGGGCAAGAGCCUCAGAGACCUUCAGGCACCGGGCUCGUGAAGGUUUCCACGUGCCCCUCUCUAGCUGGUCCCAGGGGGAAUUAGUGGUUGCUACAGUAGUUUAAGAGGGCCGUGGUUUUUCGCACCCCGGGCGGCGAGAUGGCGCUUUGGUGUAAGCGAGGUGUGUCACUAGUUCCAGGCGUCUGCUGAAAGAUUUGGAAUGGAAGAUGAUGGCCACUCCGAACCAGACCGCCUGUAAUGCAGAGUCACCAGUGGCCCUGGAGGAGGCCAAGACCUCUGGUGCCCCGGGGAGCCCCCAGACACCCCCUGAGCCUCAUGACUCUGGUGGUUCCCUGCCCCUGACACCGCGGAUGGAGAGCCACUCAGAGGAUGAAGAUCUUGCUGGGGCUGUCGGUGGCCUGGGCUGGAACAGUAGGAGUCCCCGGACCCAGAGCCCAGGGGGCUGCUCAGCGGAGGCUGUGCUGGCCCGGAAGAAACACCGUCGGCGGCCGUCGAAGCGCAAAAGGCACUGGCGACCCUACCUGGAGCUGAGCUGGGCUGAGAAACAACAGCGGGAUGAGAGGCAGAGCCAGAGGGCCUCCCGGGUCCGCGAGGAGAUGUUCGCCAAAGGCCAGCCCGUGGCCCCCUACAACACCACCCAGUUCCUGAUGAAUGACAGAGACCCGGAGGAGCCCAACUUGGAUGUGCCCCAUGGGAUCUCCCACCCAGGUUCCAGUGGGGAGAGUGAGGCCGGGGACGGUGAUGGGCGGGGCCGAGCGCACGGUGAGUUCCAGCGGAAGGACUUCUCUGAGAUUUACGAGCGCUUCCACACCGAGAGCCUGCAGGGCCGCAGCAAGCAGGAGCUGGUGCGAGACUACCUGGAGCUGGAGAAGCGGCUGUCGCAGGCCGAGGAGGAGACUAGGAGGCUGCAGCAGCUGCAGGCGUGCACCGGCCAGCAGUCCUGCCGCCAGGUGGAGGAGCUGGCUGCCGAGGUCGAGAGGCUCCGGACCGAAAACCAGCGGCUUCGUCAGGAGAACCAGAUGUGGAACCGAGAGGGCUGCCGCUGUGAUGAGGGGCCGGGUACCUAGGGGUGCCUCCCAGCCUGGUGCACCCAAGGAGAAGGUCCCAUUUCGUGCACACUCAGGCCAGCUGGGUCUCAAGGAGGCAGGUGGCAGAUGAAAACCACCGUCAACACCCUGUGCCACCUGAGAACAGCUAAAUCGGUUCAGACUCCCACCUCACUGUUUCCAUAGUUGGCUCCUUUGUGUCAUCUUACCCUUUACAGAGAAAUUAAAUGGCCUUGGUGGGACCAAAUGGGA